GAACUGGAUGCCCUGGUCUCAAUAUCCGGAUAAGAGCGAUUUCACCAAACUGCCUGAACAAUUCAGCGACCGACUCAAUGGUCAAUUUUUCAAGCGGAAGUUUCGCGGCAAUAACUGUCCUAGAUGGCAAAGUUUGAUCAUACUGCGGCAGAGGAUCUCGACGUCUAAGCUUGACGACGUUGCAACUGGAGAAACACGAUCAGGUUCAUCAAUACUGCUGCCAAAAUCUGAAAAAUCAGCUUCUUCACUUUUGGAGCCUCGCCUAUCAAAAGACAAACUGACAUCGCUGUCAAUGGAAGAAAUACUAUCCCGAGUAUCAGAUUUUCUCAUUGGUGCCGAAUUCGAGAUAUAUUUACAAAAAUAUUGGGUUGGUCCUGUGAUAGAUCUCCUAAAGAACCUCUAUAAAAAGUAUGUAAAAGAUGUUGUCUGUCAUAAAGACAACAUAAAAGUCGGGAAUAUUACUAUUAUUUGCAUACCGUCAAAUUUUUGGAACAAUUACAACUUACGCGUAUUAAUGACAGCAAACGAAAGCGACGCUCGUAUGAGUUGUUAUAAUACAGGAUAUAUUAAACAAUCAUCGGGAAAAAGAUUACGCAGAAAUUCAAGGACUAUUGAU